AUGUCACUCGAAGAUGAUCCUUCCGACUUUGACGGUGUCUUACCCGUAAUACCCAUCGACUCUCCGCCAAUCUACAAAGACGGAACGAGCAAUGCAGCGACCGGUGCCUCUGCAGCCGGAGCUCGCGCAUUCGCCGCGCAGGCCGUAGCGUUUUACUUUCGAGCCCCAGUCAAGGCUUUUUUCAGAACGAGAGUGGAUUACUUGGCGUACGCCAAAUCCAUACUCCCACCGACACAGAACGACCGGUUCUCCUGGCGAAACACGACGCCAGGCCUGCUGGCUCACGCCAUCCACAACUACGGCUGGCGUUUCAUCCCCGAGCAACUCUUCCCUCCUCUCGCGGCCAACAUCGUCGUCGGCGCAGCGCUGUACACUUCUUAUCUACAGGUCCUGGGACGGCUAUAUGAACCCUCCUCCCAUGCGUCGAAGACCGUCUACCCACCUCCUCCGCCUACACAUACCUUUGCCGCCGGGUUCGCGGCGGGGACGAUACAGAGCGUGAUUGCGGCGCCGCUGGAUGCCCUGCAGGUCCGCUUCGACCAGCGCGGAGAGGCAUAUCAGAACAAGACAAUGUGGCAGUAUGGCAAGGGCAAACUCCACGAGAUAGGAGCGAGGGGCAUCUUUGCAGGAUGGGGGCUGUCGUUCUUGAAAGACAGCUUCGGCUCGGCCAUUUUCUUCUCGACCUUCGAAUACGUCAAGGCCCAGGGCUACGUGAGAUUUGUGCGCUGGUACUACGGCUCGCUGGGCCACGUGGCCGUGGACAAGCUCGCGCACAUAAGAGGCACGGUCGCGACCGAGAGCCAGCCCACGGCGGUGAUCCGGCCACAUUAUGCGCUUGAGCCCGGGUUUCUCAUGCUCGCUGGUAUCACGGCCUCGGUGGCCCAGCAGGUCAUUCUGUACCCUUUGUCGACGUUCCAGACGCUGCAUUUUGAACGGCUCGAGGACCUGGACAAGAAGGCCGCCCAGCUCGAGCACUCCAGCAGCACGCGACAGAGCAGAGGGAGGAUGCUGCGCGCCUAUUACCAUGCGUACCAGGAGACCCUGGGCCAGGCCCGCGCGCAGGCUAACCAGGUCGCGGGCAUGCGGACGUGGUUGUUCAGAGGCUUCUGGUGGUUCACCAUCAGACAGGUCCCUUCUACCAGUGCGGGUCUCAUUAUCUUUGAACUGGUUCGCAGAAAGUACGGUCUUUCGGGAGACGAAGUCAGAAUCACUGAGGAUGGCUACGACAUAUUGUUGGCAUGA